AUGGGGCACAUGCUGUGUGUAAGUGCUGUCAGACCAGGAUGCAGCAGCUGCUGUUCAGAGAGAAGGGGCUCCCAACAAAUCCAAGGCCUUCAGCACAUGGAAGCAGUGACUACAGCAGAGCAGAGACAAGGCAUCCCGUUUGGAGCCGCCACAUCCUAUGUACAUCUAGAGAAGCUGUGUGAAGGAUCCUGUGCAACUGUGUACAAGGGGAUCAGCAGGAUCAACAGCCAGGUGGUGGCACUGAAAGUGAUCAAGCUGGAGGCAGAGGAGGGAGUGCCCUUUACAGCCAUUCGGGAAGCUUCUCUUCUCAAGUGUUUGAAACAUGCCAACAUUGUACUGCUUCAUGACAUUAUCCAGACCAAGGAGACACUAACAUUUGUCUUUGAGUACAUGCACACAGAUCUAGCACAGUACAUGGGCCAGCAUCCUGGAGGACUCCAUUCAUACAAUGUUAUGCUCUUCAUGUUCCAGCUUUUGCGUGGCCUGGCUUACAUCCACCAACAACACAUUCUUCACCGAGAUCUGAAACCCCAGAACUUGCUCAUCAGUUGCCUCGGUGAGCUCAAAUUAGCCGACUUUGGCCUUGCUCGUGCCCAGUCCAUCCCCAGACAGACAUACUCCUCUGAAGUUGUGACACUCUGGUACCGUCCUCCUGAUGUGUUGCUUGGAGCUACAGCAUAUUCUUCUGAUAUAGAUAUCUGGAGUGCAGGCUGUAUCUUUGUGGAAAUGAUCCAGGGUCAGCCAAUAUUUGCAGGAACUUCUGGUACUCAUGAACAGCUGGAGAAGAUCUGGGCGGUAUUGGGGGUCCCAACUGAAGACACCUGGCCAGGACUUUCCAAGCUUCCCAGCUAUAACCCAGAACUGGUUGUUUCCAGGAGACCUCAGAGACUCCGAGUCAUCUGUGACAGGAUGAGCAGGGUGCCAGCAGCAGAGAAUUUGGCCUCCAGGAUGCUCACAGCCUUCCCUCGAGGACGAAUCUCUGCACAAGAUGCGCUUCUUCAUAGCUUCUUCAGCCCUCUGCCUCCUCAGCUCUAUCAGGUUCCUGCUGGACAAUCAGUGCUCACAGUUCCAGGGGUGAGACUGCAACCUGAAAUCUGUGACCUGUUUGCAUCUUACCGAAAAGGCCGUGUCUCAGGAGGUUCAAGCAAGUUUUGGUAG